ACCGGCCCCGCCCAGGCGGCUGCCCGUGACCUGCCUGGGCGCAGGGAACGGCAAGCCAGAAGGGGCAACACGAGUUCACUUCGCCAUGGGGCUGUUUGGAAAAACGCAGGAGAAGCCGCCCAAAGAGCUGCUGGCCAGCUACCGCUCGGCCCUCAUUUCCGGGGCCUCCCACUUGACGAGGGGCCGGAGGAAGAGUCUCUAAGGAGACCGCUGUGGUGGAAGAGCCCCGGCCCCUCAGCACUCCACCAGGAAGCCGAGGGCCGGAGGAACGGUCCCUCAGCCUCGGCAGGGGCGCGGAGGCAGCGGCGGAGUCCCGGCCCUGAAGCCCCCUCCCCUGCGCGCGUUGGUCAAUGAAUGGUCAUUGAAGAUAAGAAAGGAGAUGAGAGUUGUUGACAGGCAAAUAAGAGAUAUCCAAAGAGAAGAAGAAAAAGUGAAACGUUCUGUGAGAGAUGCUGCCAGGAAGGGUCAGAAGGAUGUCUGCGUGGUUCUGGCCAAGGAGCUGAUCCGGUCAAGGAAGGCUGUGAGCAAGCUCUAUGCCUCCAAAGCCCACAUGAACUCCGUGCUCAUGGGGAUGAAGAACCAGCUGGCGGUUUUGCGAGUGGCUGGUUCCCUGCAGAAGAGCACAGAAGUGAUGAAGGCCAUGCAGAGUCUUGUGAAGAUCCCAGAAAUCCAGGCCACCAUGCGGGAGCUAUCCAAAGAGAUGAUGAAGGCUGGGAUCAUAGAGGAGAUGUUAGAGGACACUUUUGAAAGCAUGGAUGAUCAGGAGGAAAUGGAAGAAGCAGCAGAAAUGGAAAUUGACAAAAUUCUCUUCGAAAUUACAGCAGGGGCCUUGGGCAAAGCACCUAGUAAAGUGACUGAUGCCCUUCCAGAGCCUGAACCUCCAGGAGCAAUGGCGGCCACAGACGAGGAGGAGGAGGAGGAGGAGGAGGAGGCCCUGGAGGCCAUGCAGUCCCGGCUGGCCACGCUCCGCAGCUAGGGGCCGCCCAGCUGGGCGCCCAGGCUCUUCUCCUGGCCCACCCACCUGGUGUGCGCACACUCCUCUGAAGCAGCCGCUGUUUUAUGUCUCUUGCACUACACCUCUGAAUGAGGCCUUGCGUUUGGGAGAAGGUCCUCUGCUAAUCUCUUUUCACUCUCUGCAGAGGUUUUGGGAUCUCAACGGGAUUGUUCUUGAGAGGUGGUGUAAUAAAUGCAUCAUUUUCAGGAGUAUAAACAGAAGCAUCUUUCUGGAGGGACAGCAAAGA